AAAUAACCUUAUAUUUUCAGUAUAUGUAAGAUUAAGAAAACGUCUACAAAGGUGUGGGAAAAUGACCAUUGUUAUUAAAAAAUAUUAAAUUUAUUUCUCAUGAAAUUAUCAGAAGCCCAGCUCAUGAUCACAUUCAACAUUUUACGAUGCAUUCUCCUCACAAGCAACAUUGGUCUGUGCAUUAUCCACUUCAUUGCACGUUUUACAAAAUUUAAAAGCGCUUGUAAAUAAAUUUAAAUCCAUAGUCCGUUUCUUUUGCCUCGACGCGCAUUUAAGCAAUAUCUGCCGAUACCGAACCCCACACACUGGUACACUACAUACAUCGACCCAUCUUCUACACCAACCGAUGCUCCAUUCUUGCUCAUUUGCUGCCUUUUCUCACACACACGCUCACUUUCUUCACGCGCCGAGCGAAUCGGUAACAAAUGACAAUCAUCUUCAUAAAAACUACCGAACGCACAUGUUUCUCGCGACGUGGUUUGUUACGCUUGCCUGGCAAACAACGGAUUGCCCCAAACCACCAGAUGAGCAGCUCACCAUCAUUCUGGUCUUGUAACUGAUCACGCCUAACAAUUGCCAACCAAAGUAGUUGUGAUUCCGGGUACGGUGUGUGUGCGGAUUACCGGGCCAGUUCCUUCUGGUUGACGGUGCACGCUGGAUGCCCUGCUGGUGACGGAGAUGAGUUGCUGCUGUUUGGUCGUAUCGUACCACUUGAUCGUAAAUUUAGUCGAUCGUUUUUCGGAACUGCUUCGCGAUCUGGUGUACUGCCGGUGUCGCAAGGGUGACGAUUUGUCGGACCACUGUGAUCAGGUGGCCAGUGUCCCGUUGGAACCGGCACCUCCGUCGGAGCGUGUGUUGACAAACAAACCACGCUACGUCGUGAUCAAUGAUACGGUCGAGCUGGAACCGUUCUACUACGACGUCGAUCGACGGUACAGUGAGCUGCUGCUGAAAGAUCGUCCCGUCGGAACCUGCAUAGUGAGACCGUUUAAGCUGAAACACGCAACGAUUCGCUACAUCCUGUCGAUCCGUGCGCCAGACACCUACUUCCAUCUCUUCAUCCGUCACGCCGGCCAGAAUGGUAUGUACGCACUCGGGCUGGAAAAAGAGCAGGAAAAACGGAUCAAAUUUCCCGCCGACAUCGUUCGCUACUAUCAGGUACAUCUGCUCGAGUGUACACGUGCGAAACAGUCCACCAAGCUUCAGCUGCAUCCACUACCAAUUUCGGAGCUGGCCAAGGCACGAUCGGCCACAACAGCGAGGGCGAUGUAAAAAGUAUACAAAUAAAAUUUUAUUUCCACAGUAAAACUACACCCAGAACAGGA